UGUUUAGCCCUCACAUCCAUUAUAUGUAUCUAUAUAUACAUAUACAUAUAUAUAUAUAUAUGUAUGUAUCUCCACUCCCAGCUGAUGUAAAUAAAUAGAGACCCUAAAUAGCCUCCCAAAAAACCCUAGAUUGAUAGAUAGAUAGAUAGAUUGAUACCUACUUCAAUAAUUGCUCUAAUUUGUUUGUCAUUUCGAUCGAUUGAUUUAUUUCUUGAUUGAUUGAUUGUCAUGAAUUACGAGGAUUCGAACAACAUGCGAAGUGCUUCGCUGAAUCUGAGCCUUUCCCCAGGCGCCCUCAUAAACCUCGACUUAGUUCUGGACCGUCCAUUAUCCCCGAUUUCAUCUCCGCCGUUGAGCCCGGGAGAUCAGAGGGUUUUCUCCUGCAACUACUGCAGAAGGAAGUUUUACAGCUCGCAGGCUUUGGGAGGACACCAAAAUGCACAUAAGCUCGAGAGAACGCUGGCCAAGAAGAGCCGGGAGUUCAGCUCCAAUCUCAGGCCACACGUAAAUCAACGGCCCGGAUCCAGCCACGUGGCCCCCGCCGGCGCCGGAAGAUCCGCCAUUGAUUUGAAUUAUGAUCAUGUCGGAAUUAGCUGGAUCAACGCCAGAUCUGAUCAUCAGGAAGAUCAGUUCAACAAUCACCUCGAUUUGUCUUUGAGGCUUUGAUUGAUCGAUCGAUCGAUUUUCUGAUGGAUUAAUUAUUGAUUUUAUAAUUUGUUUUGUUUGUGUUGUGCUUUUAUGUGAUCAUUUGGGAUUAUUAUCAUCCAAGCUAAUCAAGUCUUG